AUGAAUGUGAGACUUGUGAGCCAAGUUCUGACCUCUAAUAGUCAGCUGAAGGUUUUGAACAUAGCAGACAAUAAUUUACUCUCUACCUCUCUGGUUCUCCCCAGCAGCGGGUUCCGGGAGCUAAGGAAAGUUGGGGUCCCUCCUUCUCAUUCUCCAAGCCUCAGACGUCCGAGCUCCUCGGUUCCCUCGCCCCCACCCCCGAUAGCCCGGGAGGGGACUGACCUCUCCGCGAACCGCCCCAGGCCUCAGGACCCCCGGCUCGCCCAGCCCGCCCGACCCCCGCCGCCCGCAGGCCUGGAGCCCGGAGCUCGCGCCACCGGCUUUGGAAAGCAACGUCGCUGCCUCCGGGGCGCAGUCCUCGCGCCCUGGGGCCCGGCCGGGGCCACGCAGGGGUUCCCCAGGACGUUGAUGAGCUACAACAGGCGACGCCGAAAGCAAGGCCGCCUCCAGCCGCUCCCGACCCAGCGCCGCGCCGCGCCGGGAGAGAAGCAGCUGUUCCCAACAGCUGGGGGGCGGCGGCGCCGGGCGCCCCAGGUGCAGCCGCGGCCAAUCGCAGGCGUCCGGCCCGCCCCCUCCCCAGCCGGGCGUCGACCCCCGGCCCGCGGGGGAAGGGAGCAGAGAGGGCUGGGAGCGCCAUCCUCCGCACUCGUCUCGCAGCCUCCGCGGCGGGAGGGACGGACGCCGAGCCAGAGCCGCGCGGAGCCCCGAGCCGGGCCCUGCCGCGCGCCCCCCGCCGCCCACCUCCGCGCUCGGACGCUCGCGACGCCGACCCUCCCCACGCUCUACCCAAGACACCUGAUUUCUCAGAAAGGACCAUCUACCUCUGAGCGCGCCCCGCUUGCUCCGCGGCAGGACCACCCCUCUCCAAUCCGGCUCCUACCCCCAGACGAUCCGGAGAAUCUGGACCGUGACCGGCAGGGGGGGCGGGAGGAAAAAGCCGGGUCGAGUCUCCCGGGCUGCCAGCGACUUCGGAAGCCCCGCGCCCCGCGCCCUCGGCCGCCCCCGGCCGCUCGCCCCCGCCGCGCCGCCGCCCUCGCCCCCCGGCUCGCCUUCGGCCCCAAGCGGCGGUGA